AUGAGCCUCUCGGUAGAACAAAUGGCCGAGGAGAGCCCCGAGGUGGCCGAGGCGACGACGGCCGUGGGCCAUGACGCGCACGCAGAGUCGCAUUCGAAGCGGGAGCGGCUCAUGGGGCUUUUAAAAUCCGGCGUCUCCUACGGCGAAAACGAGCUCCUCAAGGGCAAGCUCAAGCUGCAGCACUCGCUCGGCCUCGGCGCCCGGCCCAAUGCCAUCCCGCCCGCCGACGCGCAGAUCCACGGCCCCGAGCGCACCGUGCGCCUCGGCUGGCACCCGGUCGCCGGGCUGGCGGGCAAGUGGUUUGCGGAGAAGACGGGCCUCGGCAAGCUCAUCACCGAAAAGGUGCACCACUACCCGGACCCGACGCAGCACUGGGCCGUGCUCGUGGGCGACUACUGCCACGAGCUCUGGAUGGACGAGCACCUCGACGUCAUCUACAUCAACGAGACGGUCGUCGCCGGCGACUGGCACACGUUCGAGGUCGGCAAGACGCGCUUCAACGACGAGGCGCUGCGGCAGGCCGGCGAGAUGGUCAUCUUCAACAUGCGCCAGAAGCGGCCGGCGUACAACCUCAUCAGCAACAACUGCCAGAACUUUGCGCUGUUCCUGCUCGACGCCAUCCAGGUCGGCAAGCACCGCGAGUUUGGCACCGCGUUUGCCGUCUACCAGCGCGCCACGGGCCAAGGCACCAUCGCCGACCUGUUUGCGCCCAACGCGCCCGACGAGCCCGACGUGGUCGAGCCGGCCGCGGGCGAGCAGGCGACGGACGCCAGCGUGGCGCAGAAGAAGAAGGACUACUUCCAGGGCAUUGUGGACUUUGCCAAGAAGGUCAUGGACGACAACACGAAAAAGGUGGACAGCCAUGGUGGACACUGA